UCCUCACCUCCAACAUCGUGUUCACACAGCAUCAUCCGAAUCCACGCUACCCGUGACAUCGCUCCUUGCUCAUCGAUCGGGCGAGCGUAUCAGGCACGGGUUGUCGAAGCAAUCGCACCGCGAUCGCAGGAUUGCAGCGUGGCGGUAACAAGCAAACAUAGCUGAGCUACGCGUAGCCACGCGCUUGCUUCAUUCCAGAAUGUCGCAAAAGUAUGCCAACAUUGUGCCCUCUGCAGAUCCCACAUCUGCAGAGCAGACGGGCAUUCAACCUGCAAGCCCCAAGAACGUAAUCAAGAAGCUGCCGGGAGAGCAGAGCAGCGGGGAUGCGGAACAGGAGAGGAUGGGAAAGGAACAAGCUGUGCUGCUUCACCAGAGAAUGUUUGCUGACAACAGGGACACCCUGAUCGAGUCGAUUGACAGCACCAACAAGGUUGUGGGCCAGCUGCGAGAGUGGGCAGCCGACCAUUGGAUCAUUCACUACCCCGAGACGGAUCGCGUUGAAGGCACCGCUUCAUCAUCGUCUCCCAACGUCCGUCGAUCUCAUUCCACUGCACCUGGAGAAUCGCUGGAAGCAGGUGCACCGCAGACAGCCGCAGAACACCCCACUCUGCACCGUUCCUACACGGCCGCAGUACCUCACACUGCAUCUGCACCCACCACACCCACGCGCAAGCCUCUCAACAGGUCCAACACACUCUCGCCCAGCUCCGUCGAUGAGCCCAAGGAGGGCGAGAUGUCCGUCUUGCGAUUGGACCUCAAGCUGGGAGCAACGACGCGCAACCCAUCCGCACUGGUAAAGACCUUGGAGAAGUCCUCCAUCGCUCAACUCUUGGACGGCAGAAUGUCGCAAUCGCAGCGUCACCUCAACAAUCUCAAAGCUCGCAUCAGCGACAAGCAGUCCAAAGUGCUCGUCACUGGCGAUCUCAACGCCGGCAAAUCCACCUUUGUCAAUGCUCUGUUGAGGAGAAGAGUGAUGCCGACCGAUCAACAACCUUGCACCACCGUCUUUUGCGAGACGCUAGACGCCAACGAAUCCAACGAAGGUGUGGAAGAGGUGCACAUGCUCAAGAACGACACGCCAUACGAUCGAACCAAUGAAAGCACCUACACCAAGCAUUCUCUCGCUGAGAUCGAAAAGAUUGUGGCAGAUGCUGAAGAGUUGUCAUCGGAGGAUGCACCCUUGCUCAAGUGCUACUGCGCCGACACCAGGUCCGCCAAGGCCUCGCUGCUGCACAACGGUGUCGUCGACAUCUCGCUCAUCGACGCUCCAGGCUUGAACAGAGACAGCCUCAAAACAACGGCGCUGUUUGCUCGUCAGGAAGAGAUCGACGUCGUCGUCUUUGUCGUCUCUGCCGAGAACCACUUUACGCUAUCGGCCAAAGAGUUUCUAUGGAACGCAUCCAACGACAAGGCUUACGUCUUCAUCGUCGUCAACAAGUUUGACCAGAUCAGGAACAAGGACAAGUGCAAGAGAUUGGUCUUGGAUCAGAUCAGACAGCUCUCCCCCCGAACGUACGAGGAUGCGGAAGAGCUGGUUCACUUCGUCGACUCGAGCUCCGUCUUUGGGGCUACGCCACCCGUUACUCCAGGCGAGGAAGUCAAGGUUGGCAACAUGGACGAGGUGCAAGGCAACACGGAAGCUAGCACGUCGUUCGCAGCUCUCGAAGCUUCCCUGCGCGACUUUGUGCUGCAAAAGAGGAGCAAAUCCAAAUUGAUGCCUGCGCAGACGUACGUGCUGAGGCUGCUACUCGACCUGGCCUACGUGGCCAGGACCAAUUUGGACAUUGCGCACGUCGAAAAGACGGAAGCGCAAGAGAACCUCAACGUGGACCGACCUGCGCUCAAGGAGGGAGAAAAGAGGCACGCCAAGCUGGAGUCGGAGCUGGAGAUGCAAGAGGAAGGCAUCGUCAGUGGGGUUGUUCAAGGAUCUAGGUUCAAGCUCGACAAAGCGCUGCAGCUCAUCUCCAACGGUCAAAGUUCCGAGCCGUCUCUCGUCAGCUUGCCAGAAUGGAAAGGACUGUUGAACGUGCUCGAGUACGCUCAGCAGGUGCGCACGGCCCUACUUGAGUCGAUGGAGGCUAGUGUCAAGACCAUUGAAGAUUCCGCCAGGGGUGUGACGAUCGAAGCUGUAGAGAAGAUUAGAAAGAUGGGCAAAGAUCAAUUGCCUGCUGAGGCCGCGUCCAAGGAGAACCAAAGGGUGUUCCUGCCCGAAGCCAUGUUUGCCAAGAGACGCAACAACAGCAGAGGAACAGCAUUCGCGGGAUUGGGUCUCUCGGAAGAUCUGGUCGAGGUGAAGUUGACGGAUCUUUUCGACUUGCCCCACUACAUUCUCAUCGUUUCGAGAAAAGCCGGUUUGGACCAUCUGCUAGAGUCGGCGAGCGAUGGCAAGGAGCGAUCCUUGACGAAGCAGGAGAAGGAGAAUGCAGCCGCUGCGGGAGGUCUGACGUUGUCGUUGGGCGCGGUGACGCUGUUGGGAGGCAAGACGCUGGGAGCAAAGACGUUGAUCGAUAGCGUGCUCAAGUUUACCAGCCUGGCGAGCAACGGUACGGUGAGGAAAUGGACCGCACCCGUCUUUGCCGUCGUGGGCAGCGUGCUGGUGGUGUGGUACAUUCGAGACUUGCCAAAUUCUAUUCCUCGCAAUGCGGGCAGGAGCAUCGCACACGAGCUGCAACAUGCGCCCAUUGCGAGCACACGACCCUCCACAUCCGGCCUCUCCACCACCGUCUCCUCCCAUGCGAGCGCCAACGCCAACGCAGCCGCGACGACCAAAGAAGGUCCGACGUUUGUGGAGUUCCAGACGAACAGAACGGCAAGAGAGACGCGCCGAGUGCUCAGAUUGGUAUCGUGGGAAGUGCACGAGAUGUUCAGGGUGCACUUGUCCGAAGUGCGCGCUAGGGUGGAAAAGGAGGAAAAUAGGCUCAAGAGCGCAAAGGGUGCGCAGAACGAGUUUGAAAGCAUGCUGCAGAAGGUGGCGGGUAUCGAACAGCGCACUCGAGAGGUGGACUUUUAGCUUCCGUUGGGCCGUUUCGCAAUCACACCGUUUCUCGUACGGCGCCACUUUUGACGUUUCGCAUUGGCCCACUCGACCGCUCGAUUCGAUUUUGCUUCUCCUUCUAAUGUACACAUGCUCUUGCUAGCAGCCAACACCUUCUACACGCGGUACGCGUCUUGCGUCCACGCACGCAACCCUUUUCAUGUGGAUAUGUCUCUUUCUCGCACUGACGAACACGCACACACCACACGUUUUUCCCUCUUUCGAGUGCCGAACUAUACACCGCUUUUACUGUUCCGAGUGCACAUUCACGAACAUGGCCAUUUUUUGCGUUUCAGCGUCCCCAGCCUCGAGUGGGGUUUGAUACUGCCGGGCGCGCAUGAUGCUACGACGGUGGUGGACGUGGUAACGCAUGCUCUUGAGAGCUAC